UGCCCGGGGAGGUCCGGCAGGUUACUUGCGCAGCAACUUAACGUACCUACCUAGGUACCUAUGGACCUUAGGUAGGCGUAGGUAGUACAUACUCAUAGGUACCUGGUAGCAGAGGUAGGUACCUCCUAAUGCCGAUACUCGGACGGGGUGGGGAGCUUCCCAGAUGCCGCGUCCUGGCCCGUGUCUCUCCGUCCUUAUCAGCCUGCGCGACCAAAGACAUCUAGCAAUGGUGUGAUAAGAACCCUGUAUUUCGGCAUCUCUCCGACGUCCCGCCGCUUCAGGGCAUCGUAGCCAAUGCUAUAGGGGUAAGAAUACCGACAACAUCAUGAUCGCGUCACGACUAGCUCUGGUGGCCGGUGCUCUAUCGGCGAGUGCCUUUGCCCGUUUAAUUUAUCACGACGACGGCCCCAGAGUCCAGGGACGUGGCCCGACAGCAGACUUGAAAUGCGAUAUUCCGGCCGUAUUAGAUCCAUCGGGAGAUGGGUUACCAGCUGCUCGAGAUAUCUUUUCUAGCCACGAGGCACUGCUGCUCCAGGUCGAGAGGCACUCUACGAUUGUCAAGAUACCUUCCAUCUCGUACGAUGACAAUGGGGAGCCCGGCGAGGACCCAAGAUGGGACGUUUUUUACCACCUCCACGCCGCCUUUGCCCAGCUGUAUCCCAACGUUCAUCGCCGGAUGGCCCGCGAGACGGUGAAUACGCUUGGCCUGGUAUACACAAUCAAAGGAUCGGAAACUUCGCUCAAACCCCUCUUGCUUGCAGCGCAUCAGGACGUGGUUCCCGUUGCUGACGCCUCAACCUGGACGUAUCCGCCAUUUUCGGGCUACUUCGAUGGGCAGUGGCUGUGGGGACGGGGGGCGUCGGACGAUAAGAAUAGCCUGACUGGUCUCUUGUCCGCCCUGGAAGCGUUGUUGUCGAAUUCUGCCUGGGUGCCGAGACGAACGAUAAUUGUCGCACUGGGAUUCGACGAGGAAUCCUCGGGUCACCGGGGCGCCGGUCACAUCGGUCCAUACCUAGAAAAGUUGUAUGGCCCCGAUUCGAUAGCUCUGAUCCUGGACGAAGGUGGGAUAGGCCUAGAACUGCUCGGCGACGACACGCUAUAUGCGCUCCCUGCCGUCACGGAGAAAGGCCAUGUCGACAUCUGGCUAGAACUAUACGUCAACGGAGGGCACUCGUCGAUCCCAUUCCCCCAUACAGGCAUUGGUAUCAUUGCCGAGAUCGUUAACGAAUUAGAAUCCAACCCGUGGGAGCCCAAGCUCAUCAAGGAUUCACCCAUCUAUAACCACUUCGUCUGCCAGGCCAAGUACUCGCCCGAGGCGGCGCCCAAGAUUACCGAGCUGAUCAAGCGAGGAGACUUGGAGGUGUUGGCUUCGGAGCUGGCAACGAUCGAUCGGCCGACGCAGUACCGCAUACAAACCUCGCAGGCUGUCGACUAUUUCCACGGAGGGGUGAAGAUCAACGCUAUGCCGGAGUAUAUUAAGGUCGGCGUCAAUCACCGCAUCGCUCCCCAGGACUCCAUAGCCUCGGUCAAAGCCAACAUCCUCAAGCGGAUUCAGCCCGCAGUGAAGAAGUUUGACUUGACCGUCAGUGCGUUCAAAGGGGAAGACCACAACCCCGACAUCGAACUGGCAGAGAUCGGCAAGGGUGGUGCUGUAGACCCGAUGUAUGAAGUCGAUUACAACGGCACACUCAUUCUCACGUCGUCGCAGCCCACUUUGGCGGCUCCGAUCGCGCCCGCAUCCGGGCCCGUUUGGGACGUCUUCUCGGGGACGAUUCAAUACAGCUUCGCUUUCGAGGGUGGUAAGGUCAUCCCGGUGGGUGAACUGAUGAACGGAAAUACGGAUACCCGUCAUUAUCUCAACUUGACUAGUCAUAUUUACCGUUGGACGCCCACUCGGCAGGGGCACUCUGCCAAUGCCCACACGGUGGAUGAGCGGAUUGACAUGGAUUCGCACAUGGAAGCCUUGAGAUUUUAUUACGACCUGAUCAGGAACUUUGAUGCGUCGGAUGCGGCGCCGUUGGAGAAGCAGGUCGAUAUCGGGGAGUUGUAAAUGCCUGUGUGCGCGUGUGCCUGUUCACAUACCUAUCUAGGUAGUUCCCCACAUAGGCAAUUCGUAUCU